AUGGGAGCGUGCACAGAGCCAGGGCCGUUGGAGCGCGACAGUAGAUGUUCGUCCACGCUAAGCCCGCCAUUUCUUAGGUCGCAGCCGCACUCACUCCACUCCUCCAGACACAGCAGCGCCCACCCGCUCACCGCGUCGUCGCACUUCGCGUCGCCGUAUGCGUCCGUGCUCUGCGCCAUCUCGCUCAGCCCCACCGCCUCCUGGCCGCGCCUCACCAUGCGCAACUUUGGACUGCCGCGCCUGUGGUUGCUGCUAACCGUCUUCACCGUCGCGUCGCUGGGGCUCGUCGCCGUGCGGUUGCACCCUGCGAAACCGAGAGUAGCGGCGGUUCCAGCGAGGGCCGCGAGAGUGAUAACGCUCAAGGAGGUGCUUGACGGUGCAUUAACGGCCGCCGGCGGCGAUCCGUCGGCAGCGGCGGCGCUAGCGGCGGCGUUGGAAGAGGAGUACGGCGGGCCCAGCGGGCUACCCGACCCGGAUCGCCCGUUCCCCGAGGCGCCGCAGCAGUUGACGGCGGGGGCAGAGGAUGGCGGCGACGGCAAGUCGGCCGCCGACAACGUGGUGGAGGCGUCGGCGGCGUCGUCGCUGUCGCGCACGGUGAUCGUGACGGCGCUGUCGGAGGCGUGGGCGCCCAUGAUGCGCUUCUUCCUCGACCGCCUCCGCCUCGUCGAACAGCAGGGUCGCGCGGAGGGGGAGGCGGAAGCGGAGGGGGGGCUGAACCGGCUGGUGGAUCGACUGGUGGUGGUGGCGUACGACGACGCGAGCUUCGACGUGUGCUGCUCGCUGGGGCUGCACUGCUACUUCGACUGGCAGGACGACGCCGAGGAGAAGGAGGACUUCAGCGGCGACCAGAAACACUUCAUGACGCCCGCUUACAUCCACCUGGUGUGGCGGAAGGUGCACGUGGUGCGGAGCAUGUUGGCGCAGGGCUACGACGUGGUGUUCACGGACAACGACAUCCUCUGGCUGCGCAACCCGCUGCCGCACCUACUGCUCGCCGCGCCCGAGGACAUGCACAUGAGCGUCGACUGGUGGCACGCCGACUCGCGCAAGGUGAUGGGCAACGGCGGCUUCUACGCGGCGCGCAGCAACACUCGCAUGCUCAAGUUCUUCGACGACUGGAUCGCCUGGCACAAGCGGCUACCGAAGCACCGCAUUCAGCAGAUCUUCGACUGGAUCCGCCCCGAGGCCAACCCCUUCACGCGCACCGCCACGCCGCUCACCGUGCGCUACCUGCCCACGGCGCACUUCGGCGGGUUCUGCGAGAUGGGCGCGCGGAUGGCGGAGCUGGUGACGGUGCACGCCACGUGCUGCUUCGGACUCGACUCCAAGCUGCGCGUGCUGCGCAAGGUCGCCGCGGACUGGGACUGGAUGCGCGCGCUGCCCCGCGACGUGGGCGAGCGGCUGGAGGAGCACGGGUUUGCGUGGCAGAGACGCUCAAUUGCGCGUGCGGGCGCAGGAGCGGCAGGCGAGCAAGCUAACCCGCUGAGCGCGGAGUGCGAGGCAGCCUCCUCUCGAGACUGCCGUCAGCCCCCCCUUCUGCCCCAUGCCCUCGCAGCCUCUUUCCGCUGCCGUCCCUGCAUGCACGGGGGGUUGGGAGCCGCUCUGCGGGGCAGCAGCGCAUCUGCAGGUGAAGGUGGUGUGGCGGGCAGCAGAGCAGCAGGCACGGGGUGGGCCAUGGGGCAUGGCUCGGGGCUGAGGGCGUGUGCAGUGCGGCGUGAUGGUCCAUGGAAUAAGGCGUGGGCAUGCACAGGCGCAUGGCAGGCAGGGGCAGCAGGGACGGGAUUGGGAGCACGGGUGUGGGCCAUGGCGGUGUGGGGAUGGUUGGGUGUGAGCAGGCUGUGGCAGCACGCUGGUGCAGCAGGGCGCAGGUGGGGUGCAGCAGAGCGGUGUGGGGAAGACAAGGCGUGUACGUGUGUGGCGAGGCGACUGGCAUGCGAUGGUGUUGGAGAAGGCGAGUCCACGGUGUGCGCCUCAACUGGUGCUGCACAAUGUAGCGCCUCGGACCAUGGCACUCCUUCACCUGCCUGCAUGCCAAAGGCAGCCGCGGCACUCUGGCUGCUGUAG